GACUGCUUGCUCCUCCCUUCACAGGAGGCCAGCAGAAUAUGUAGUGUGAGAGUAGUGGAGAGAAGGCGGAGCUUCUCCAUGGCGUUUUCCGGAUCUGCUCUUGUCUGUUUCCAAAAACCCAUUUACAUGAGUUCUAAACUGUUCCUUAGAGAGAGAAGAUAAUGGUUUUAGAGAGAGAGAAUAUGAUGUAGAGAGAGAAAGUGGGGUUGGUUUCAAACGGUUCCCAGUGUCCUGAUUCAGUCUGAGAACCCCCAUUUCCGUCUUAGGAAAAUGUGUUUUAGUGGUAAAAUGCAUCUAACAGAGGGAACAAAUUUCAAAGGUUGAAGCUUUUGGUAUGCGGUCAUGGCAAGGCGGCAUGGCUGGCAGCUCCCUGCUCACACGUUUCAGGUGGUAGCGAUAACUGUAUUUUUCCUCUUGGCUAUUGCAUUCUAUGCUUUUUUUGCUCCAUUUCUUGGGAAGGACAUAUUUGAAUAUGUGGCAAUGGGAGUUUACACCCCUGUGGCGCUUUGUGUCUUUCUUCUUUACGUAAGGUGCACAGCAGUUGAUCCUUCGGACCCCGGAAUUUUGAUGCCAUAUGAUGAGACAUUGGCAUGUAGACAGCAGAUUAAUAUUGUCUCUGGCAAGCAUGCUUCCAACAGAGAGUCUCGAAGGGAGUCAAGAUAUCCACAAACUCCUACAAUGUGUAGUUGGGUCUCUUAUUUGAAUAUUUGCGGCCUCUUGUGUGGUUUGCUGGUAAAAGAUGAUUGUCGCAAAGAAGAAGAAAUUAACGAGCAAGAGGCCAAUGAAGAGGAUGCGCUAUUCUGCACCUUGUGCAAUGCAGAGGUUCGUAAAUUCAGCAAACAUUGCAGAAGUUGUGACAAAUGUGUUGAUGGAUUUGAUCACCAUUGUAGGUGGCUAAAUAACUGUGUUGGGAGGAAAAAUUACUUCACUUUCAUAUCCCUAAUGGCCAGUAGUCUUGUUUGGCUUUUGAUCGAAUUUGGGGUCGGUACCGCCGUCCUUGUGCGGUGUUUCGUUAACAGAAAGGGCACAGAGGAACAGAUAAUUGAUAGGCUUGGUAAUGGGUUCACCCUGGCUCCUUUUGCAACUGUGGUGGCAGUGUGUACAGCCGUCUCUUUGCUCGCAACCGUGCCCCUGGGGGAGCUAUUUUUUUUCCACAUGAUUCUGAUUCGAAAGGGUAUUACAACCUAUGAGUACGUUGUGGCUAUGAGAACUCAGAGUGAGCCACCAGGCCCAUCAGUGGAUGGAGAGCAGCAGCAAAGUAUGCCAUCGUCACCAACCAGUUCCGCUGUGACUGCAAUGAGUGGGGGAAGUUCUCUUGGGUUACAGUAUAAAGGAGCAUGGUGUACACCACCCAGAGUGUUUGUGGACCACCAGGAUGAGGUGAUCCCCCACUUGGGUCCCGGUCGUGUUCCCUCAACUGUCGAUCCAGAUGCUGUUGGUGCAAACCGACCCCCCAAACGAGCAGUCAGGAUCAGUGCGUGGAAACUAGCCAAACUAGAUUCAAAUGAAGCAAUGAGAGCUGCUGCUAAAGCCCGUGCCUCCUCCUCGGUCCUACGCCCUGUUAGUUCCCGACCCCAUCGAGGCUCUGGUUACUCUAGUGGAAACAUCAGUGGGGCAAGUAGUCUGAGAAGCUUAGAUAUUGGACCAAAUAAAGAAGCUCGGAACAAUAACCAAAGCUUUUCCCCUAUAACACGUAGUGUUAGCAGUUUUAGCAGCCCAGGUCACACUAAUGAACCAGCUUCAUUAAGCCCCCUUGCAUCGGAGCGGCCUUCUCUUUCAUCAAAUGCUGCUUCUCUCUCGAAUGUUGUUAAUGCGACAUUCCCAGUGGGAAGGAUGAUGCCUGACGCUGAGCAUUACAACCCAAUUUACCAGUCCUCAACGGGUAGAUCCACACCAAACAGGCCUGAUAGCUCGGUUACUGAGAGUAUCAGUGAGAAACCAGGUAGAAAAAGCAGUUAUACAGGCCGAGAUAACUUAACAGCUUCAGUGGUUUGGGAUCAAGGGGCUGGACGCUAUACAUUGGGUCCUGUAUCUAACGGAACUGAUGCGAAUUUAGAGGUUGGAGUUGGAGCUUCAAAUCAAGGAAUGGCUGCCUCAGAGAUGAAUUCAGAGACAAGACCAGUAAUUGGAGUUACCCAUGAGCCUGGAUCAGUUUUCUCAGGUGGCAGCUCUUCUGCAUUUUCUCUCUCUACCUCAGAGGCAAUUCAAGAGAGAAGGCGAGGAAUGGAGGGUAGCCGUGCACCAGGAUCAGUUUUCUCGGGUCGUGGAGGUGCUCCUAAUAGUUCCUCUGUGUUCUCUCUCUCUAACAUUGGGAACCAGAAUUUGUUAUACACAGAGCAGUCGAUAUUCUUUGGCGGUCCACUUUUGAGCAUGGAUUCAAGGGGGUCUAGCUUGGGAAAUGGCAGGCCCGAGGGCUUGGGUUUGCAGAGGCAGCAAGGCAGGGGAGGGAGGGGAAGAGGGUCUUCUCAGCUCCCUGUGUUUGUUCCAAGUGAUUAUCAGGAUAACCAGUUCUCUUGACUGAAUUGAGAACGCCUGGGUCCAAUUUGUUGAGGUGGCUGUAUAGGACUGAGUUGGGGGUGGCGUAAUUUGAGUUUGAGAGGAGCUGAUUAUUGUUGGUUUAGUUAAUGUAUGAGGAGGUUGGAAUGAGAUGUGGAACUUACACCCACGAAGACAUCGGAGCUUUUGAUGAAUACAGAGCUUCCAUUUUUUUUUUUUC